UGAGCAGGGAAUUCGAGGUGGGCUCAUUGUUUUACUACCCGUCAGAAAGAAAUGACCUGAUGAUCGUGCCGCUCAUCGCGCAGCACAUCCCCGGCUUCAACAUCACCGUCUCGGACACCAACUGCUACUCUAAGAAUAACACGUUGAUCCCUGUCACCCCUCUCUGCUGCGACCCGCUCACCAUCCCCGCCACCUGCCCGCCCGGUGCGGUCAACAUGACGGCCGCCAAGGGCGUGUCGGGCCGCCCCCUCGACCCGGCCGUCUGCGCCCACUUCCCCUACUCCAACGCCACCCGGCCCUUCCCUGACCCUUACAGCCUCGACGUCAACACUCCUUACAUCUCCACUCCUGCUCCUUCGCCCUCCCCUCCCGCUCGUGCCCUUUCUCCGCCUACCCUCUCUCUGCCAGACGCCACUACCGGUGCUCCCCCCCCCAAGGCUGCUGGGCUGAGUGGAGUAUCUCUCUCUGCUGCAGCUCUGCUGAUGGUUGUGCUGAUGGCGGGCCCAGAGAACGCACCGCCUCACCCCACUCUUCCCACGCCAACCGUGCUCGCAACACCGCGACUCUCGCAAUCCCCGCCCGUCGCCUCCCUGCUCGUGCGCAUCGCGCCCAUGGCCACGCGCGCAAUCAGCCAUGGUUUUCAUUUCGCUACUUCCAUCCCGCCAGUCCGCAAAGCCCGCACGCCUCCGACCCCGUCCUUUUCGCGUUCCCCAGGCCCUCCGCUCCGCCGCUCCGCUCACGCGCGGAGUUUUUCCGCGCGUGCGCAGUCGUUGCCCGCGGAGCCGGCGGGUCGAGGCGGAGCGGACGGGCGCACGCGCGCGGGGGGCUGCGCGGGGUUGCCGGUGGUGCACCACGCGCUGUUCAGCGCGCCGCAACUGGCGCCGGGGCACCGGUUUCCAAUGGGCGUGUUCGAGGCAAUUCACGCCAUGCUGCUGCGCGAAGGGGUGGUGCGCCCCGCGCAGGCGAGUUUCGCGCGCACGCCUUCGCCGUCCUGCCUGCACACUUACUCCCCCCUCUCUUCUCCUCCCCCCUCUCUUCUCCUCCCCCAUCCAUGUUGCUUCCCAUUCCUCCGCCCGCUGUCAUCGCUCUCACUCGCGCUCCACCACCCUCUCGCUCUCCAGGUGGUCACGCCACACCCCAUGCCGCCCGUUUCCGACCUGCUUCGAGUAGAUUUCCUCGCCUGGUUGCUCGCUCUCUCCCUCCCCAUCCCCCCGCGCUAUUAUGAAUUCAGCAACCCCGACCACGCACUGUCAGCUCUCUGCACCGCCCCAAGAAGCGUGCACUGUGCGCAGUACCUGGCGCAGGUCUGCCAGGGCGCGCUGCCCUCGGCUGCCAUGCGCCGCAUUGGCUUCCCCUGGUCGCCCACCCUCGUUAGACGAACUCUCGCCGAGGGCGUUGGAGGGCGGCUGCUCCUGCGUGAAGCAUGUGUGUGCAGUGUCUCACCUCCUCAUGCUCCGUUGCUCUUCCAUCCUGUCUCCCCACCUCGCUCGUCCCCUCCUCUCUUCCCCCCACCUCUGUCUUCCCUUGAUCCCUCCUCCCACCUUUCUCCUCCCCCUCCCCAACUCUCUCCUGCCUCUUUCCUCUCUCUCCUCCCCUCUCUCCUCCCCACUCUCCUCCCCACUCUCGUCCCCCCUCUCUCCUCCCCACUCUCCUCCCCACUCGCUCCUCCCCCUUCCCCCAGGUGGCAGGCACGUUGGAGACGGCACAGCUGGCACUGGAACAUGGACUUGCAUGCAGCACGGCAGGAGUUUUCUUUGGAGGAUGAUGAGGGUGAGUAUGAGGCACGUUCGUCUCCUCCUCUCCCCGCUGUCUACCCCACCUGCCUCUGCGUGUUGAGAAGUGGAGCCGGCAGGAGGGAGCACUUAGCAGAGCAUGGGAGAAUAAUGAAUGGGCUCGUGCGUAGGCCGUUGAAUGGCGAGGGAUCGGUGCAGGUGGUGGCAGUGCGGCUUUUGGGUGGGUUAGGGCGCAUCACCUCGGGGCUGGAAGGCCCAAAUCCGAACAUACGCACGCACCAUGCGUUUCGAGCCCACGGGUCGGGCUACUGCAUUCUGAACGACCUUGCUGUCACGGCCGCUGCCCUCACAGCCUCCUCCUCCCUGCACCCCUUGCCACCGCCCUCGCCACUGCCACCGUCGCCACUAGCAGCAGAGCUUUCGCCAACCCAAGAAGCAUCAGUGCAAUCACAAUCACAGACAGCAUCAUUGCCGUUGGUGUUGCCAGCAGCACCAUCAGCAGCAGCAGGUGCAGCUGGUGAGGGCGAGCAGGAGGACGACGUGUGGAGAGAGCUGCUGGAGGGAGCAGCAGGCGGUGGGAGCGAGAGGGCGGUGAUGAAGCGAGUGCAGCGCGUGGCAAUAGUCGACCUGGAUGUGCACCAGGGUGACGGCACAGCAGCCAUGCUGUCUGCAUGCCCUAGUGUGUUCACCUUCAGCAUGCACUGUGGCGCCAACUUCCCCUCCACCAAACAGAGCAGCGACUUGGAUGUGGACGUACCAGAGGGAACGGGGGAUGCUCAGUACCUUGCCCUGCUUGCUCACCACCUCCCCUCGGUACUCGCAUCAUUCCGCCCUGACCUUGUGUUGUACGAUGCUGGUGUCGACCCACACAAGGGUGACGCCCUCGGCAAGCUAUGCCUCACUGACCAGGGCCUGUUUCGCAGAGACAUGCAGGUGAUGGACACGUGUGUGGGCAUGGGAAUCCCAGUGGCGGCAUACGUGGGAGGCGGGUACCACCGUGAUCUUCAGGUGCUGGCCCAUCGGCACUGCCUCUUGCACCGAGCAGCAGCUGAGGCAUGGCAAGAUCAUGGCUUGUAG